CUUUAUUUACGAGCAUUUGUUAUGAAGCUAACAUCCCAAGAAAGCAUAAGAGCUUGGAUACUAUCAGCUCUUAUGGUACAUGGAGCAGUUGCAGGCAAUCCAGAUGCUAAGCGACUCUACGACGAUCUUCUUAGUAAUUAUAACAAAUUGGUUCGCCCGGUUGUUAAUACCACAGAUGUUCUUAAAGUCUGCAUAAAGCUGAAGCUCUCCCAACUUAUUGAUGUGGAUGCAAUCAAUUUGGUCGAUGGGACUGGGUCAGCUGAGGACCAAGUAAGACAGGCCUUGCACCUUCAAGAA